CCGCUUCCGGCGAGGGAGGAUGUGGCCGGCGUGCGCUGCGCUCCGGGCCCGGGCUCCGGCCUGGGCCUUGGUGGGGUUGAGGGGAGGUCGGGCCUAUGGCGGAGGUGGAGGCGUCACCUACACGCAGGGCCAGAGCCCCGAGCCCCGGACCCGCGAGUACUUCUACUACGUGGACCACCAGGGCCAGCUUUUCCUGGAUGAUUCCAGAAUGAAGAAUUUCAUCACCUGCUUCAAAGACCCGCAGUUCCUGGUCACUUUCUUCUCCCGCCUGAGGCCCAAUCGCAGCGGGCGCUACGAGGCCGCCUUCCCCUUCCUCUCGCUGUGCGGAAGAGAGCGCAACUUCCUGCGCUGUGAGGACCGGCCCGUGGUCUUCACGCACCUGCUGGCCGCGGACCCCGGGUCCCCGCGCCUCUCCUACUGCGGCUGCGGUGCGGCCCUGACUGUGCCCUUCGAGCCGGCGCGUCUGCUGCCUCUGGCGGCCAUCUGUCGCCUGUACCACCCCGCCCCUGAGCGCGCGGGCGGC